AUGAGGCUCGCCAUUGCCCUUUCCCUGUCUCUAUCCAUCAUCGGACUCGCAUGGGAACACCCUGGAUAUUGGCCGCCCGGAAUUGAUGGAAAUGAUCCCGAUUUCGACCACGAAGAUAAUGAAGCUCCCCGCAAUUACCCCCUGAGAGAGUAUCCCGUGCCGGGGAAUACUUUCUUCUACUAUUGCCGGUCCUUUCGCGCGACGACGGCGACCUUCCAGAUCGACGAAGUCAACUUUCUCCCACAGCACCCGUUCAAGUAAGACGACCCUUUUGCUGCCCCCCUUUGGUAUUCUUGAAAGAUGGCACAGCUGACAACUGCACCCCUCUCCCCUUUUCCAGCGGCGAGCCCUUCGCGAUCCAAUUCAAGGCCCACUGCUGGGAAAUGUCACACCGAUGCAACGUGACCGACAACGCCAAGCUCGAGCUGACGUUCGCGCGCGACCACUUCUACAUCGGCUACGACGGGCACGUCGAGAACUACAAGAUCUGCGACUCGAUCGAGUGUCCGGCCCGGCAGAUCGAUCUCGUACAGGCCAUCGAACAGUCGAGACACCGGGAAACCGGCAGGUACUGGAUCAAGGCUAGGAUCAUGUUCGGACGCCAGGUCGCGACGUGUUUCGGAGGGUACGUUGAGUUUCUGUGA